GCGCAUCGCUCGAGGCGGAGGAGGCGCGAUGGCUCCGCAGCGGCGGGCGCUGCCCCGCGGCCCCGACAGCGCCGGGCCGGGGCCGGGCCGCGGGGUCCGCCGGCACAGCAGCGCCAGGAAGGGCAGAUUGCAGCAGGAUCCCCGGGGAAGGUGGCUGAAGGCAGCGUUUCUCCUCCUCCUCUCCGCCGCGGCCUGCGGCGGCCUCGUGGUCUGGAGCCGCUUCCGCAGCCAGGAUGGGGUCCCCGAGGGUGCAAUCCCCGGAGAUGGGGUCCCCGAGGGUGCAAUCCCCGGAGAUGGGGUCCCCGAGGGUGCAGUCCCCGGAGAUGGGGUCCCCGAGGGUGCAAUCCCCGCAGAGGGGGUCACCGAGGUGCUGGCCCAUCGCAGCGACACCCUGCAGGACAAGUUCGUGGAGGUGCCCUGCUCGGCGGACUACGAGAGCCACAAGCGCUUUGCAGGUUGCACUCCUAGGAAGUGUGGAAGAGGUGUGACAGAUGCUGUAAUCACAAGGGAAGAAGCUGAAAGAAUUCGUAGAAUAGCAGAGAGGGGACUGUCCUUGGGAGGAUCUGAUGGAGGGGCAUCAAUUCUGGACUUGCACUCUGGAGCUCUUUCCCUGGGGAAGCAUUUUGUUAAUCUGUACAGGUACUUUGGGGACAAAAUUCAAGACAUCUUCACAGAAGAGGAUUUUGCCUUAUACCGGGAUGUGAGGCAGAGGAUUCAGCAGAGGAUUGCUCAGGUGUUUGGCAUCAGCUCCUCUGCCAUGUACCUGACCAAGCCAACAUUCUUCUCCAGGAUGAACAGCACAGGAGCCAAGACAACACAUGAUGAGUACUGGCACCCACACGUGGACAAGGUGACUUAUGGCUCUUUUGACUACACUUCUCUGCUCUAUCUCUCUGACUACUCCAAAGACUUCGGGGGUGGACGCUUCGUGUUCAUGGAUGCAGAUUCCAACAAGACCGUGGAGCCCCGAGCAGGCCGGGUGUCGUUUUUCACCUCGGGCUCAGAGAACCUGCACCGCGUGGAGAGGGUGCGCUGGGGCACUCGCUUUGCCAUCACCAUCUCCUUCAGCUGCGACCCCCAGCACGGCAUCGGGGACCCCAGGGUCACAGGGCACCUCUGACUGCCCUGCCACAGCAGCUCUGCAGGGAGAAAGCAGCUCUUGGAACCUCACCUGCAGUCAGAACUGCCCGGCUGUCACACGUUGUGUUUUCACAGCUCCUUUGCCAUCAGCAUCACAAAUGGUGGCUUAAGGAGCAUCCUACAUUUGAUGCAUUCUGAAAUUGGUUUGACUUCAUGUGUCAGAGAGACAGGCUGCAAAGAAGAGAGGAUGGGCUCCACAAAGAAGAGAGGAUGGGCUCCACAAAGAAGAGAGGAUGGGCUCCACAAAGAAGAGAGGAUGGGCUCCACAAAGAAGAGAGGAUGGGCUCCAAAAAGAAGAGAAAGUGGGCUCUUCAUUUUAAAUGAUUUUAAAAGUUUUUCAGUUUGAAAGAUACAAGCAGUCUUUUGGGCCAUGGCUUGAUGUGACUCCCCAGGCUGCUGUUACCUGUCCAGUUCUUUCGUCUCUUCAUUAGCAGUGUGGUGUAGAAAGUCUGACCUCAGUGAAUUGAGCCUAAGUGAAUUGAGACCUGAGUUAAUUGAAUGUUACUCUCUAGGACACACCUUCUGUUAAGAGGGAUGGAUUCUCCUGAGUGUGGCAUCAGUGGGGAAUACACCUGGGCCUUGAACUUUUUUUAAAAUUUAAUUACUACUGAUUCAUAAUUCAGGAAGUCUCUCAGGAGCUAUUUUUUUAUUUCUCUUUUCCAGUUUAGUGUGAAGACUUUUUCUGUUAAUGAGGACCCUGAAUAUUAAAUUGCAGGGACUUCCAAGAGGAGCUGUGUGCAAACACAUGCAUAAUCCUGCCAGAUAAUUUGGGUAUUUUUACUGUAAUCAAAGAUUUUUGUGGGUCUGGAGGUUGGUAAAUAUAAUGGUAGAAAAACCUAUUUUUUUUUCUCAAUCAAAAUCUGAAAGAAACACAUUGAUCUGGUUUAUUACCUGGGUGUAUGAUUUCUUUGAAAAACUGAAAAUCUGUGAAUGUGCUUCGAUUUUUUUUUUCAAUUUUAUGCAUACAGUUUGGACUUUAUAGCCUUUUAUGGAAAUAAUAACUACUGGGGGAAAUUACAAUGAAGAUCAAUAUAAAGAGGAAUAAGAGGGCACUUGGACUUGUGAGGGCUCUCAUUGGGCACACCAGCAAGAUUAGUCCUCUGUAAUUUCAUUUCUUUGUUCUGAAACUUGAAAAAGUCUUCCUUGUCUGUUCUAACAAGGGAGAAUUGUUAAAUUGGCUGGAUGCAAGGAAAUAUUAAAGUCACUUGGGUUUCAUAUUGAAA